UGUCGCCGUGUUACCUACAUACCCCCUAGCAGCCUAUUCAUACGUCUUGGAUCUCUAGCAGGACGCGCUCUACGAGCUUUGACCGGUCUCGAGCGCGGAGUCACAACGAUAUCUGAUGCUAUAGUCGGCGGCCCUGCCGGUCCUUGGUCCUCUUCACCCAUCACCAUGGAUAUUGAUGCUUGGGAACAAACGUCUAACCCCUUCCUAGAGCAACUAUCCGAUCUUGUCCCGCUUCCAACAACAUAUAUUCCAGAUGAAGAGGAGGAUGAGAUCGCGCGUCCGAAAGAAUCAGAAGGGAUCCAUGACUCCGUUGAGCAACUGGGACUGAACGAAGCAGCCGGGGCAAGCACAGCCGCCGAGAUAAAGGAUGGGGCCGUAAACAAGGGAGCAGACGGAGCAGAUGAAGCAGACGUAUCCAUGGUCUCCGUCAAGGAGUUGGAAGGGAUUGAGGGAAUGAUUGAAGGAAAAGAAGACGCUGAGCGUAGAAGCUCAGUCGACGAAGACGUGCUCGUACCGGAUGAUGAUCCUGCCUUGAGGGUUAUCCUAGCGAGCCUCAAAGCGCAAACGCAGGGUCAAGACGAUGGCACAGUGUCUGAGAGCGGGCAUGAAGUUGGCGAGGUCUUAGACGAAGAAGAGGAAGAAGAACCAGUCGAACAUGAGCGAAUGCUGAGUUCCCCCCUCUCAUCGGUCCCGGAUCUACCGAACGAACUCGACUUGCCUGAGGACCCUGAGGUAGUCGAGCAAAUCGACCCAGCUUUAGAAUCAGCUCCAGUUCCAUCAGGCUCUCCAAUCUCCCGGAAUCACUUGAACGGAGACACAGUUUCAGAGGCCCAAUACCGAAUCACAAACCCAGAAGCUGGACCUUCCAGGCUAUCGCCCUUCGCUCGUUCUACGACGGCUGCUGAACCAGCCAACUUAGCUGCCAUUGAUGGACAAAGUAUCGCUGGUCCAUCGACGCGGCCAACGAAUGGUACCGUCCAAUCCUCGCCGUUCUUCGUUGAAGCUCAGCCCGCCAAGCGGAGUCGAAACGAAGGCAAGGUGAUCAGCUACGCAUACGACGCUGGAGAUGCCUCGGGAGAUGACUUUGAGGACGAGAUCAGGACUAAGCCGAAGCCAACCGUGAAGAGAAAACCGAAGAAAAAGGCUGGUGGCGACGACGACGAUGGUGAAACGAAGAAACGGAGGCGGAUGAAAGGUGAAGAUGGUAAAAGUUACAAGAGUGCCAAGAGUCGGAAGAUGCUGGAUCACGCUCUGGGCUUAGACGGAGAGCCUCGCGAGCAUCCAGAGAAGAUUGCUCCUCGGGCCAAGGUGAUCAUCGAGUCUCAGAUAAAAGAGCACCUCCUAGGGAAAGAAUUCGACGUUCAGAUUACGCCUUGCCUCCGGCCGCGUUACGCUCCGUGGGGUAAAUGCACACAGUGCGUCAGUAAAAGUGGAGGAGAUUCUUGUCGUUUCAGAGACUUCAGAAAAUUUCGGAUCGAUCCCAAAACGACGGAUAUCCUUGGUCCCGGAUUCUUCGAGUCGAUCGAAUGGACAGAGGAGAUGACUCCUCUGCCUAAAAGUUUCAAUCGUCGGGUGGAGCAGAGCCACCUUGAGCGAAUCGAACGGACGGUCGCCCCUCUGCUCCUCCCCCUGAUCUCUCGCGAGUUGCGCCAUGUCGUCAAGAACAAAGCGAUAAAACGAGGCACAGACGCAGCAAGACACAGGUCGGUAUGCGACUUUUGCGCCUCGACCAUCUUUGCCGGAUGGUGGUUCUGCAAGCGAUGUGGUCGUGACUAUUGCCUGGUCUGCGAACGACAUUUCUCCGAGUCGUUCGAGACGAUGAGCAAAUCUCCCUGGCCUUUACCUGACGCUGCACGACCGAGACUCUUGCGUUGCAAUGGGACGACUGGCGCGCCUGCCUCGUCGAGCAGAGCGCCAAAUUUCCAUUUCAGACCAGAUCUUCAGCCCGUCUCCCGUUUCAGCGAAUCCGAGCUCAGAUCACACUGGCUUGCGUUUGCAGACUUCAUACUUGAAGGCGGAGGUGGUGUUGGCGAGCGGCUAGAGGCACUCGGUUUGCAAAAAGCUGGGGAGAGUGCAGUGGACGCGAUUCAAGAAUGGAUGACCUUGCGGCCUCCUCAGUCGAUGACAAUAGGUGAUCCGCCAAUGACAGAUGAGCAGAUCUCUGCAUUGUAUACAACAUCUUCAAAAUCGACCGCAGAGAAGAUACCGGAUCCUGCCGACUUGGGAGAAGAAUCACGAGCAUUUAUGAAGAUCGACAAUGAAGAUUUGACCAAUUCUGUAUUUGAUACCCUGUGGCGUCGCGGCGAACCCAUCUUGGUCGACAAGGUUGGCGACAAAUUGAAGAUGAGCUGGGGUCCUGAUGAUUUUAUCGCAAGAUUUGGAAAUCAAGAAGCAGCCGUUGUCAAUUGUCAGACUGAUGAGAAAGACAUGAUGAAUGUGCGGAGUUUCUUUGAGCUAUUCAAGAGCCGCGGGCAUAGACCACAGGAAAUCCUCAAACUAAAGGACUGGCCGGAAACUGAUGACUUUGCUGAUACGCAUCCGGCAUUAUUCAAUGACUUUUGCGAUGCUUUACCUGCGCCUGAUUUCACCAGACGUGACGGUGUCUUGAAUCUUUACGCGAAUUUUCCAAAAGGACCUACUCGACCUGAUAUCGGACCCAAGAUGUACAACGCUUUUGAAGCACAGGAAGGUCCAAAUGGAAGGGGCUCGACAAGCCUCCACAUGGACGUUGCGGACGCCGUAAAUGUCAUGCUGUACGCCUCUAAGCGGGAUGAUGGCCAACCCGGAUGCGCGGUCUGGGAUCUUUUCCGAGCAGAAGACGCCGACAAGAUUCGGGCGUUCUUGGGGAGGAAGUUUGAUGAAAGCCAUAUUUUUACGGAUCCUAUCCAUUCACAACUAUUCUACUUGAACGCGUCUUUGAGGAGGGAGCUGUAUGAAUCGUACGGGGUGGUCAGCUGGAGGAUAUACCAGUACCCAGGCCAAGCGGUGUUCAUUCCAGCUGGGUGUGCCCAUCAAGUCUGCAAUCUUGCCGAUUGUAUCAAGAUCGCGAUUGACUUUGUCAGCCCUCACAAUGUCUCUCGGUGCCAGCAGCUUACACAAGACUUUCGAAACGAGAACUUUGUCAAAGUCUGGAAAAAUGACGUGCUGCAGCUGUAUAAUGUGCUCUGGUACGCUUGGAUCAACACUCGAGAGAUACGAGAUGAAUGGAGGAGGAAGGCUCAGAUCCAGGCUCAAGCUGCAGAUAGUCGAGCGAGGCAUCUGGCGGCUCUGGCGAAUGGAGAGCACCCGGGAGCAACCGACACUCCAGGGUAUGCGAGCCCUCACAUGGGCAUCAAGCGAGCUUCGAGUGGAUUCCGCGGUCACCAAGUCAGUUCUGCGCGGGACGAGGGUUUCGAGACCGGCCCUGGCUCUGUCGGCAGGGACGGAAGUCGGGCAUCCACGCCAUUGACCCCAGUCCCAAACGGAACACCCCGACGCGGUUCGCCGAGCAGUGCGGUGGAACCCCUCGGCGAGUUGAACGGCUCGCCCCAUGAGGGUCCUGUUUCCGGCCUACUCGUCGACACUCCUGGCAAGUCUGAGUCAAUCUCUAAGGAUCAAGCGGGUGAACAACAAGAUACCCUGUCAUUCCGUCGCCGGUCCGUUGCAGAGAAGCUACUUGAAGCUGCCCUGUCGCUUCCUGAUCCUCCCCCGCCUUCUCGAACACGAGGCGUAUCAUCAGCUUGGUCCAACCGCAGUUCAACGCGCAGUAAAACCGGGCCGAAAGGUAAUCAUAAAGCCAAAGCAGAUGCUGGAAAAGCCAAGGUCGAGCAUAUCGAAACAAAUGGCACCGCGAAGUCGGCUCUAGGGUCGGCUGUUGGAACUUUGGCCGCCGCUUUGUUGUCGUCGUCAGAUUCGACUGAAUCGGACAAAGCAGAAGCGUCAAACCAGCCAGGAGACACCAUUCAAGCGAGGAAUGGCGAUUUGUCGAAUGCCUCCCGAGACCGAACAGGCAACAUUGAGCCUACGGCACCAACGGAUGCACUGGACCCUCAAGAGCCUGGCGUCAUUGACGAGGUACAGCUCAACCAAGUCGAGAAGACAGAGGCCCAGGUCGAAUCUCAUCCCCAGCCAUCGGAAGAGACUGCGGAUAGACUUGCGGAGCAGAUGGUCGUCGACAGCAGGGAUGGAGAAGUUGUCAAUGUGCAUUCGAGUCGGAAGGAGAUGGAAGGAAAGCCGAGUGCUCCAGCCACUGAGCCCAGCAUGGAAUCGAUCGAUGAAGUCAAAGUCGCGGCGGAGUCUAGUCACAAGGUAGAAGUAGGCCCCACUCAAGAGGGUUAGUCCUUGCUCAAGAAUACCUCACCUCGUUUAUAGUCACUCUGUAUCAUGACAGCAUCCUAUCCCAUGCCAUUAUAAAAUCCCGAGUCCCAACUCAGGUCCCGAGCCUCGCAAUAAAGAUAAGAUCU